UGGGGCCGGUUAGUAGUGUACACAGUGGUUGACCGUGCAGGUCGUGAUCGGCGAUAGACAGCAGUGUAUCUGUUCCAGAGCGUAAUUAGCUGCAGCAUAAUGAUCCUGCAAGCUUUGCUAAUAGCGGGCGUCGUGUAUCUGCUGAUCAGCCAUCUGAUCGAGCGGAAGAAGCUGCAAAAGAUUAACAAACACUUCCCGGGACCGAAGCCGCUGCCGGUCGUUGGUAAUUUGCUGCAGUUUGCCUGGUUGGAUAUACCCGGCGUUUUUGAGAAGGUGGUGGAGCUGCAUCAAACGCAUGGACAGGACUACAUGAUGUGGUCCCUGUUUAACUGGACCAUCCUCAUGAUGACGAGCCGCAAAAACGUGGAGAAGGUGCUGCUGGCAAAGCAGACGGAGAAAGCGCUGCUGUACCAGUUCAUCGAGCCCUGGCUCGGCACCGGCCUGCUGAUCGCGAGCGGCGAGAAGUGGUUCCAGCGGCGCAAGAUCAUCACACCGACGUUCCACUUCAAGAUACUGGAACAGUUCGUGCGCGUGUUCAACACGGAAACGGACACGAUGGUGCAGCUGCUGCGCAAGCACGUCGGCGGCAAGGAGUUUGACAUUUACGACUACGUCACGCUGAUGGCGCUGGACAGCAUCUGCGAAACGUCCAUGGGUACGACGGUGGACGCACAGCACAAUCCGGACAAUCAGUACGUGCAGAACGUGAAGCGAAUGGCCGUGCUGGUGCUGCUGCGCACGAUCAGCAUCGUUGGACCGUACCCAACGCUGUACAACUUGUUCCACCCGAACGCCUGGGAGCAGCGCAGGGUCAUCAAGCAGCUGCACGCGUUCACCGACAACGUGAUACGAAGCCGGCGCGAACAGCUCGCCAAGGAGAAGGCACAAAAUGUGGCGUUCGAUUUGAACGAGGAAAACCUUUACUCCAAGCGCAAGCUCACCUUUCUGGAUCUGCUGCUGAACGUCACGGUUGAGGGUAAGCCGCUGAGCAAUCUGGACAUCCGCGAGGAGGUUGACACGUUCAUGUUCGAGGGCCACGACACGACGACGAGCGGCAUCUCGUUCACGAUCUACGAGCUGGCCCGCAACCCGGACGUGCAGGAGCGCGUGUACGAGGAGAUCGUAUCGAUCCUCGGCAAGGAUCACAAAACGGCCGAGCUUACCUACCAGAACCUGCAGGAGUUCAAGUAUCUGGAUCUGGUGGUGAAGGAAGGGCUGCGGAUGUAUCCACCCGUCGGCAUUAUUGGGCGGGCGCUGGUGGAAGACUUGGAGCUGAAUGGGACCACAGUUCCGGCGGGACAGAACGUCCUCGUGCCGAUCUACGUGAUCCACCGCAAUCCGGAGAUCUACCCCAACCCGAACCAGUUCGAUCCGUCCCGCUUUGCGGAGGACGCUGAGUCGAAGCGCGGCCCGUUCGACUAUCUGCCGUUCAGCAUCGGGGCGCGCAACUGCAUCGGCCAGCGGUACGCGCUGAUGGAGAUGAAGGUUACGCUGAUCAAGCUGAUCGCCAACUAUCGCAUCCUGCCGGGCGAAUCGCUGGGCAAGCUGCGCGUCAAGACGGAUCUGGUGCUGCGUCCGGACAUUGGCAUUCCGGUGAAAAUUGUGCUACGCGAGUAGAGCGAAGACUGUCGAUAGGAUGUAGUGCAUGUGUGUGUGUAUUUUUUUACCUUUUUUUGUGUGCAAAUAAACAACGAAACAAACAUGGGGUGCUGAAAUCGUCAGAUCGACGUCCCGAUCGAAUCAACUGUAAUCCAACCGAAGCGAACCGAGACCGAACGCACAAUCAAUUCCCAUCAAAUGCCCAUCUGACGCAUGCUUUGCCGCCGGCAAACCGCUAACGCAAAACCACCAGAUUGUGUGCUCUCUCUGCGGGUUCCGGCCGGGUAGCGUCACAUCCCGUGCGUUUCCUUUGUCCUUGAAGCAUGA